UCUUGUAAGUUGAUCCGAGACAAGACGUCGAAUUCUCUGAAUCRACCAGCCAUAGAAUCUUCAGUAGAUCUUAGUAUUUUGUGUAUAUACCCCUAGAGAUUUCAUGCAGAAGCCAUUUCCAGGGUUUUAUCGAAGCUUAAAUAUGAAUACAGAUGAUGUAGAAGAAGCGAAGGCUUAUAUGGCUAGGAAGGAAUUAGUUCAACUGUUUGAGAGCUUAGUGACUGGACUAGUCCACAACCGACCAGAAGAUCCCGUCAGCUUCAUGGAACAAUGUUUACAGCGUGUAAAACAAAAGAAAGAAAUCAAAUGGGACUCGUUCUUAUCGCUAGAUGACGAAAAAGAAGAUAAAAGCGCUCAAACGGACGCCAAAAACUUUGAAAAACUCUUUCAAACUGAACCAGAAUCCAAAUAAUUUUAAGGUUGACGUUACCAUCUUGAAAUCACCAUGACAACGAUAAUCACCAUAGAAACAAACUCAUAAUGAAGACAAGUUCGGUCACAAGGGUUUGUAGGAAUGAAUAAUUUAUUUUUAUCAAAGAAUAUUAUUAAUACAAAAAUAUGGCUUUUUCGAGGCCAGUCACGUGACACAAUUUAAUAAGAUCAGUAUAAUCAUUUUACACAGGACAUAAUGUAUUAUCGUCGGUCACGUGACUAGUCUUAUAAUAUGCAUAUAAAAUAUAGAGCUUUCUAGCAUCACGUGAUGGCAGCCAUGACAGGCGGCAGGAACAACGGACUCUGCUUUAAUCAGAUUUACGUGAGAAUUUCAAUUUCCCAGGGAAAACGUACUCUAUUAUUGUUAUGCCUCCUGUCAUGGCUGCCAUCACGUGAUGGUGCACAGCCUAUUCACAAUUUUAUUCCAAACAUUUCUGGUGCCAUUUUGUAUUUGUGUUUACAAGACGUUUAACAAUUGUUUGAAAAUUACUUUAAAUUAAGAAUUGUACAUGACCGAUUAUAAAAUAUACUAUAUAUAUGAUAAAAAUGAUUCGAAUGAAUAAAUAUGACUUUCAGAGUUA